GUUUUACACAAGACAGAGUCCUGAUGACAGCCUGAAGGUGGCGAGACGUCAGACACGCCCUGUGGGCGGCUUAUAAAGAGCGUGGAUCUGAACACCUGCAGCAUCCAGCAUCGGACAGCAGCCUGCAGGUUUGAAGUUUGAGGACCUUCAUCAUGACUCCAGCUUUCGUCCUCCUCCUCUCCCUCUCACUGAGUGCUGUUUCUGCACGAGCCGUCAAUAAUGAAGCUCAAACAAAGGAGUCUGAACUAACAGACCUGCUUCAAACAGAACAUCAUUCAGACGUCUUUGAAAACAUCGAGAGAGCUAACAAUGGCACACACAUGAGGCUGGUGCAGGGAGACAUCCUGAAGAGUAUCAGCAGGAAUGCUGACUUCUGCACGGCGCUGGGCUGCAAGUGGGAAAAAGUUGAAGGCACAGUCACGGUGCCCGUUACCCUCGCAUGGCACCAAUACAAUAAUCAAGAGCUGAGGACCAUCUCUGAAGCCCUGCUCAGCUUCCACACAAGAACCUGCAUCCGCUUUAAACUGAGAACCAACCAACGAGAUUACCUCAGAAUCUUCUCUGGAGACGGGUGUUACUCCUAUGUGGGCCGUCAACAUAGACCCCAGGAACUCUCUAUUAGUAGGAGGGGAUGUGUGAAUAAGGGAACCGUGCAGCACGAGCUGCUCCACGCUCUGGGCUUCCAUCACGAACAAGCCCGCUCUGACAGAGACCAAUAUGUCAACAUCAACUGGGGAAACAUUGAGCAAGGAGCUAAAUCACAGUUUCAGAAGGAGAGGACAAACAACUUGGGAACUAGGUACGACUACAACUCCAUCAUGCACUACAGCAGGUACGCCUUCUCCAGGAACGGCAGACCAACCAUCACUGCUAAGGGCGACCCUGGGCGCGUGAUUGGAGCAGCCGACGAAAUGAGUGACCUUGACUUUCAGCGUGUCAACGAGCUUUACGGCUGCCCUCAGUAA